UCUCACUCGCGUCGCGGGAAUCAGCUGAUCUCCGGGCUUUUAAAACGCAAGGAUCCAGCGGCUCCACCAUGGCUUCCCAGCUGGACUGCGAGCACGAGGAAGGACGAACUCCGAGGAGGGACGCGAAGCCGGAAGCGGAAGGAAAAGGGGACUGUUGGGCCGCCCGCUACACCCUGGCUCUGUUGGGGUUCCUGGGUCUCGCCGUCGAGUAUUCGCUGCGCGUGAACCUCUCCAUCGCCAUCGUGGCCAUGGCGGGCACGAGCGAGGUCAACGCCACGACCAACGCCUCCCAGGAUGUGUGUCCUGUCAGAGAUAAUGGCACAGACUCGGGAGGGAACCAUGUGGAGGGGGAGUUCGCCUGGAACGAGGAGACGCAGGGCCUGAUCCUCGGCGCCUUCUUCUACGGGUACACGGCCACCAACUUCCUCGGGGGGCGCCUGGCGGAGUACUUCGGAGGGAGGCUGGUCUUCGGCCUCGGUUCGGGCGUGGCCUCGGUCCUCGCCCUCCUUUCGCCUCUGUGUGCGAGGAUUUCGACAGGACUCUUCGUGGCUUCGAGAGUCCUGACCGGGGUUUCGCAGGGAUUUACAUAUCCGGCUCUAAAUUCCUUGAUGGCAACCUGGUUUCCCCCUGAAGAAAGAGCCAAACUCGGUUCUUUCGUUUAUGGAGGAAUGCAGUUCGGUACCAUCAUUGGCCUAACCUUGAGCGGCUGGCUGUGUAACUCGGGGUUCCUGGGGGGUUGGCCCUCGGUCUUCUACGUCUUCGGGGGUGUGGGCUUAGCGUGGGGGGUUCCUUGGUUCCUCCUCAUUCACGACCGACCCGAAGGACACCCCAGGAUCUCUAAAUAUGAACUUGAUUAUAUCCAGGGGCAGCAGGACACCGUGAAAGGCGUGGAGAGAGUGUCGAUUCCCUGGAAAGCGGUGCUGACGUCGCCGCCAAUGUGGUCCAGCGCCAUCAUGGCCUUCGGCGGGAAUUUCGGCUUCUACACCCUCUUGACGGAGAUGCCCACCUACCUCGCCAAUAUCCAGCACUUCAAUGUCAAAAGUAAUGGGUUGCUGUCUGGGUUGCCGUACGCCUGUAUGCUGUGCACUUCCUUGGCGUGGGGCGUUGUGGUGGACAGACUCCUGGCGGCCAAGUGUCUCUCCCUCAAAGCAGUGAGACGGAUUUCCACAGCCAUUGCAUUUUACGUGGCCGCCCUCGCACUAAUAGCGAUGUGUUUCGUGGACUGCAACUCUUCUGUGGCGAUGGUAGUUCUAUGCAUCUCCGUCGGAAUCUCCGGCUGCGCCUACAGCGGGUCUUGCCUCACUGAGCUGGACAUCGCACCUAACUUGGCUGGGACGCUGACCGGGAUCACCAACACACUAGGAUCUGCUACAGGUUUCCUCGCACCGGCAAUUGCUGGUGCUAUCACUAUGAAUAACAAUAAAUCUAUCCACGCCUGGAGAGAGGUGUUCUUGAUGUCAGCUGGUAUACUGACAGUGGCGACAUCCCUCUACAUGGUACUGAUGUCCGUUGAUGUACAGCCUUGGAAUAACCCGGAAAAGAUCAAAGUGGAGAAUAAACUCAAAAUAGAAAACGGCUUCGCUCACGACUCGAGAUGACCAAGAAGUUGAGUAAUGGAAAUAUUGGUAAAUAAAGUAAUGAAAAUAUUUUUAAAAAAAGUAAAGUAAUGCCAAAUAAAGCAAUGAAAAUAAUGAUAAAUGAAACAAUGAAAAUAAUGAUAAAUGAAACAAUGAAAAUAAUGAUAAAUGAAGCAAUGAAAAUAAUGAUAAAUGAAACAAUGAAAAUAAUGAUAAAGUCAUGAAAAUAAUGGUAAAUAAAGUAAUGGCAGUGUUAGCAAUGGUGCUGCUUCUAGUGAUAACAAGUACACUCAAACAGACAUCGCAUAUAGUCAGUCGCAAGUCAGUAAAUAUCCAAGAAUUUUAUUUAUGGGAAGCUUUGUGAGCUGUUCUUAAUAAACGUGUGUCUUUUUAAA